GAUAAUUCACUCUGUCAAUAUUUGAACUAAUGUAGUGACCGCUUCGACGAUUUCACUAAUAAUCAAGCCGGUGGCUGGGAAGGCAAGAUGUCGGCAUAGCUGAUUGACUGUGAUAUACGGCUGUGUCACAUCGAGCCAGCUCAAUCCGCCGGCGUUCGACGAGAGAAAAUUUAAGAAGAUGGAUGCUCCCGUAACGAAGACGAACUCGUAUCGCGAUCGCUCCCGUAACGCGGGGUGGAGGGUGUCUGACAGCUGUCAUUGCGCACUUUCCUAUUUUCUCGCGGCAGUCAGAUCGAAAAUCUUUAUUUAUAUCACAUACGACGAUGUUCCCGUAGAGUGCGACUGGCUCUGUGCGUGAAUUACGAAUACGAAAACACGACGACAGAAUGGCGAACGACGAGGUGCUAGGGCCGCGGAAAACGAUGUUCGUUUUAGUGAUUGUUGUGGGAUGUUUCGCCGUUCUGUGGCCCAGGAUCUUGUCUCCGCUUAUCCUGGGCCACACUUCAGAGCAGCUUAAGCCGAACAAGUUCGACCGGGAGACAGGCUGCUGUGAGGUGUUAUUUGAAAGAGAAGUGGCUGUGCUCGAGCUCCUAAAUGAAGUUUGCAGUUCAGCUCUUGGAAAGGAGAAGUUUACGCCGCAGUCAGUGGCACAAUGUCGCAAAGCUGUUAAUGAUACUUGUGGGUUGGAUAUAGCAGCAUUUGUAAAACGAAAUGAGAGUGUUGGGAAGACAACAAAGAUGUUGUUGGAGACUAUGAAGAAGAGCAAUAGCUCUUGCCUCAAACAACAUUUCGGAGUUCCGAUUAAGUACUUGAGCUUGAGUACACACUUUGCAGCAAAUUCCUGGACCAAACAAGACACCAUAAAGCAAGAGCGAUCACCGAUCCGGAUGGGACCCCAUCCAGCGUUACUCGAGCGAGGGAGGGCGAUACCACCAGGACCACCACCACCGGCCCGGCCCGUCGUUCUACCACCUCACGUCAGGGUACGCUCACCACUCUCUGUGUACUACGAUUUGGACAUCAAGCCUCCACCAAUUCCUGGUAUGCGUCCCCCGCUGGGCUCUCCCGGCGGUCCGGUCCCGGCGCCAAAGUCCUCAAUGGGUUUCGUGAUGCCCAUAUACACUAUCUGCAUUAUUGUAUUCUUCGUGUACACUCUCAGUAAGAUACUUUUUAAACGUACUGGUGCGCCGUUUGAUCCUGUCGCGCCCGAUCCUCAAUUCCGUAGACGGGUGUUCAGGGAUGAUUCCAGGACCUCGCCUGAAAAACUGGGACACAAAGAAACUGACACAAGGGACGAGGAGUUAGCGGCUCUGAAGGCGCGUCUGGCCGAGACAGAGCGUGCGAUGCAACGGAUCGUGGGACAACUCGCGAGGCGCGACGCGGAAGCGCUGGAUAACGCUCGCCCAUACACAAAUGGAACUGUUCAUUUGAAUAGUGGCCCUUUCCAAAUUGUAGCUAGUGAGAAUAGUGAUCCUCAAGAAAAAACUCAGGUAGCACAAAAAGAUAAUGAAGCCCCGAAAAAAUCUGAUCUCGAUUAUGAAAAGCCUGAUGUGGAAGUGAAAGAAGCAGAAAAAGUAGAGGUACCGCCAAAAUCAGUUAAACCCAGGAGGUCACCUGACAAUUACAAAACCAUUUGGUUUGGAGAACACGAGGUAUGUGUAAUUGAACCUUCAAGUUCACCUGACUCUCCUGAAGUAUCGAUGAGUUUUUUCGGAUCAGAAUCAAAUCAGCCCGACGAUAAUUUGAGUCAAAUAAAGGAUAACGCUGAAGAAGUCCCAACCAAACCCGACAAUGCAGAAACAUUAAAAUCAACGCCAGAAGAUGAAGUUCAUACAGAAGAGAAGGAAGAGAGUGAUACGUUUUUAGAUCUCUUUCAAAUAUCCGAAGGGACCGAAUCCAGUGCAGGAGAUUACGUUCCAAAGUUACCGGAGGACUUUUUGAAUGAGGUUAAAGCAGAGCAGGACCGACAGAUAGAGAGGGAAUUCACUCCAUUACCUCUAGCAGAAAUUAUAGAAAAACAUCGUAUGCGCCAAGCUGAAAAUAUGGACAACAUAGAAAGUCAAAGUGUCAAGGUGGUGGGUAUGGAAAUGACCGCUCAUCCAGUGGACGGCGGGGCCUGGCGUAUAGAUCCGCCGCGCGUCCCUCCGCCGCCGACACCGCACAAAGCUGAGGAUGUGAAAUCUAUAUUCCUCGACACGGAGAUCCCCCAACAAUCCCGAGUUUUGGUAUCAGACUUUGCGGAAGACCGGACGAAUAAACCAAAGCCCAACAAACAUGCGCCGCUGGUCGUGAGAGGGAAAAUGACUUUGUCGUUGAUACAGGAUGCUCCGCGAUACACGCCUGACCGAGACUUGGAAUCUACGUUCGAUGAUUAUACCACAGCAAGCGGCCUAACUCAACCCGCUGCAGAGAGAGAAGAUGAUUUAUCCGAAGAAGAGAUUGAAGAAGAGUUAGAGGUCGAAGAAAUUGAGGAAAUUGAAGAAAUCGAAGAAGAUGAGGAAGAGGAAGACGAAGAGGAAGAGCCUAAUUAUUUGAAGAAAUGAACUGAUAUUGUAUAAGGUAGGAAGCUGGUGAUUACUGGUAGCUGGUUACAGUACAAUUCGUUAAAUAGUCAGUCGUAUAAUCAGAGCUUAAGUAAUGUUAAGAAUUAAUGAUUUUAACAAAUCGUUAACAAAAGGAAAACAAAAGUAAUAAUAAUUGUAAAAAGAGUAACUUGUAAAAUAAUGAUACAUUUUAACAUCUUUCGGAUAUCUUUAUAAAGCGUCUUAUAUUCCCAAUACUCAAAUUGCGACCAAUUAAUUGUCUAUUACUUGCCAUUACCUGUAUGCCUACUGUCCACAAAAACUUGACACCUUAGGUGCCAUUUUAAAUUCCAAAUGUAAUUUAGUUCCGUAUUCUAACAAACAAGUAUAUAUAAUUUCAUUACUUACGCUGUAAUUUCGCGCCGUCCUAUUCCCAACAUUUUUUUAAAAUUUAAUAUGACUACGGAACUUCACCCUUAAUGUCAAUAGGCGCUUUACAAUUUAUUUUAAAAGUCAUCAGAUGUCUGUUUUUAGAAAAAAAUUGUAACGGAACGCGUAGAUCGCCAGCUUCCAUGGACUGUUUCUACAACAUAUAAUAUUAUUAAAAAUAAUGUUUACUCUAUUUACACAAUGUCAGUUUUGUUUGUUGAAAAUGUUUACGCUUUUUUUUUCAAAUUGUAAAUGAAGUUGAUUUUUUAAAAUCUGAUUAAAUCCAUUUUUAUGUGAAACAUUUGAUUAAACAAAGUUAUUUUUAGGUUAAUUGUUUAAAGAUUUUAUAAUUUAAUUUAUAUAUAAAUAAGAAAAACUAAUAACGUAGAGUUUGAUGUCGUUUACUUCAAAAUAGUUAUUAAGUAUAUAAAAAAAAAUACAAUCUCAGUGGAAAGUCCUUCUCUCUUCGUGUCUAGGACUCGCAUUUUAUUCAUUGUACAUUUUUAAUCUGUACUUCAUUGAUAAUACAAUUCGAAGUUACAAUGUAUAAAAAAAAUCUUUAUUAUACAAAUUAAACGUCAAUAAACGAGCAGAUAAAAAGUGUAUCAAUUAAUACAAAGUCAAAAUACGAAUUUAUUUAUUUGUUAUCUAUCUGCGUUAACGCUGUGUUGCCGUGUUAAAAUUUGUGCCAAAUUUACUUCCAGCUUUACAUAUUUUUGGGUAGAUUUUUUACGUGUGUUUUUAGAUUUUAUUAUGUAUGUAAGUGAUAUUUUUGGUAUUUUUACAAUAUAUAAUGGUUUGUCGAAAUUAUGAAGAUUGUGAUGUCCACUAGUCAAAUUUACGAUAUUUUAAAUUAAUUUACUAUUUUUUUUGUUGAUAAACAAUUCAUUUUGAUUGUUGUUGAUUGUUAAAUUUAUCGCUUGAAGAUAUUUUCUCAUUGUUAAAAGAUGACUUACAACAUUUUCAAACUUUCAUUUGUUAAUAAUAAUUUCAUUUUUACUGUUUUUAAAGUUACACGUUAGACUCCCUGUUUGUUUCAGCUCUGGCGUUGGCUUCUUAAAGUUCUGCAUUUAAAUAAUUGUUUUCUGCUUUACGUAACAAAUAUUAAUUAACUUUUAAUUGCCUAACAGUAAUUUGACAGGACUAAAGUAUUGCAUCUCUUUCUUAUGUGUGUUUUUAAAAAGGAUAGCCUGUCGAAUUAUUCCUGUUUACAUUUAGAUAUUGUGUAUACUGAAUCGGCAUUAAUAAAUAUGUGCUGUAAUACUUAAUGUUACUAAAUAGAUUCUAUAGAAUAUUAUACUUAAUUAAGGUUUUUUUUUCAAAUGAUAAAAUUAAUCUUAAUAUUGUAACUGAGUAUAUACAUAUACACUUUACUGAGCAUAAUUUCUACAACUAUCAUCAAAUAUAUAUGAAAAAAAUAUUAUUGGCCGAAUGAUUUUGGUCUAAAACCGCAACACCAAAAUCAUAAAAAAAGGAAAUCAUAAAAAAUGGCGUCUAUAUUUCAUUGCAAUUUUUUUUAAUUAUGAAAAAGGAAUUCUUAUUCUAUCAACGAUCACAGCCAGUCGUAACACCGGAACAUUCCUUUUUGUAUUAUUCUUGAAAAAAAAGAGUAAAAUAUCUAUUUUUUAAUAUUUAUUAGGAAGUUUAUGUAAUGAUGUUAUAGAAAGUGUGUAAACAUUAUUCAAAGCAUUUUUUUGUUAUUUAUUGCUUAUUUCAAAUGUUUCAUUAGUCUUUAAGAAAUAAAUAUUUAAUGUAGAA